UACUCAAUCCCCCUUCCUUCUCUGUCUUUCACCACGACUUUUCAACUCGCCUCCCGCCUGCAGCCGCCGGCCGCCCGCCGCACCGGUUCCCCUCCCGAUCCCGAGGUGGCGUCGCCUCCUCCCGCCUAGCCGCUGUGUACUUUCUCUUCCUUUUCCUUCCCGAGCCGCCGCCGAGCGCCCCACCCCCCUCGCUCGUCUUCCUCGUCGCACACGACUGACACCAGCAACGCAAGCGCCGGCGGCGGCUGAUCUCCCCUUCGUUUCUCUCGCUCCCCACCGUUUCUCCUCCCCAAACCCCACGAACCUAUUCUGCCCUUUAGCUCUCCGUUUCAUCUCCUUGAUCUCCCGAAUUCGUAAGCGAGGCAAAAAAAAGGACAGAGCGAGAUCUCCCGGCGUCAUGUCGUUGGACUCAGAUUCCUCGUCGCAGGGCGGUGACAACCGGAGCUUCCGCCAGAUCACACGAGACCGUUUAUUAUUUGAAAUGCUCAGAUCAACUAGGAAGGAUUCGAAAUCAGCAUGGAAGGUUCUUAUCAUGGAUAAGUUUACAGUGAAGAUAAUGUCAUACUCAUGUAAGAUGGCAGAUAUUACAGAGGAAGGAGUUUCAUUGGUUGAAGAUUUAUACAAACGGAGGCAGCCAUUGCCUUCACUGGAUGCUAUAUAUUUCAUCCAACCAACUAAAGAAAACAUCGUUAUGUUCCUCUCUGACAUGUCAGGAAGAAGCCCAUUGUACAAGAAGGCUUUUGUAUUUUUCAGUUCUCCCAUACAGAAAGACUUAGUUGCUCAAAUAAAGAAAGAUUCAAGUGUAUUACCUCGUAUUGGUGCACUUAGUGAGAUGAAUUUGGAGUACAUUCCUAUUGAAUCCCAGGGUUUCGUGACUGACCAUGAAAGGGCAUUAGAGGAGCUUUUCUGUGAGAGUGCAGAAGGCUUUAACAAAUACAAUGCUUGUUUGAAUGCAAUGGCUACUCGUAUAUCUACAGUAUUUGCAUCAAUGAGGGAAUUUCCCCGUGUGCACUACCGUGUUGCCAAGACAAUUGAUGCUUCUACAAUGACAACACUAAGGGACAUGGUGCCCACAAAGAUUGCUGCUGGUGUGUGGAAUUAUCUCUCCAAAUAUAAGACGUCGAUUCCUGAAUUUCCUCAGACAGAAACUUGUGAACUGCUCAUUGUAGACCGUUCAGUAGAUCAGAUUGCACCAAUUAUUCAUGAAUGGACUUAUGAUGCCAUGUGCCAUGAUCUACUAUGCAUGGAUGGCAACAAGUAUGUACAUGAGAUUCCGAGUAAAAAUGGUUCAGCCUCGGAGAAAAAGGAGGUCCUGUUAGACGAUCAUGAUCCAGUUUGGCUUGAACUUCGACAUGCUCAUAUAGCAGAUGCAAGUGAAAGGCUGCAUGAUAAGAUGACACAUUUCGUCUCGAAAAAUAAAGCUGCCCAACUACACCAAGCAAGAACUGGAGGAGAGCUAUCAACUAGAGACUUGCAAAAAAUGGUUCAAGCUCUUCCACAGUACAGUGAUCAAAUUGACAAGCUUUCUCUGCAUGUCGAGAUUGCAGGAAAACUCAAUAGCAUAAUAAGGGAACAAUGUCUUCGAGAUGUUGGACAGCUAGAGCAAGAUCUUGUGUUUGGUGAUGCCGGGACAAAAGAAUUAAUCAAUUUUUUGAGGACACAAUUGGGUGUAAGUCGUGAAAAUAAGUUGCGUUUGCUGAUGAUUUAUGCAGCAAUCAACCCAGAAAAGUUUGAAAGUGAUAAGGGCACAAAAUUGAUGCAGUUGGCAGGAUUAUCCGCUGACGACAUGAUUGCUGUGAAUAAUAUGCGUUCGUUAUGUUCUGAUACAAAAAAGCCCUCAGGAGGAGGCUUUACACUGAAAUUUGAUGUUCACAAGAAAAAACAUGGAUACAGAAAAGAGCGAACAGGGGAAGAGUCAGCAUGGGCGCUGUCCCGAUUUUAUCCAGUUCUAGAGGAAUUAAUUGAGAAGCUCAGCAAGGGUGAAUUGCCAAAAGAUGAAUAUAACUGCAUGAAUGACCCUAGUCCCAGUUUCCAUGGAUUACCAACGACCACUACCAGCAGCUCAGCCCGCACAAGCCCAGCUCACUCGAUGAGAUCUAGAAGGACGGGUGGCUCAUGGGCUAGGCCUCGUGGUUCUGAUGAUGGAUAUUCAAGUGAUUCGGUAUUGAAGCAUGCAUCUAGUGAUUUCAAAAAGCGGGGCCAGCGAAUAUUUGUUUUUGUCAUUGGUGGUGCUACUCGAUCAGAGUUACGUGCUGCACACAAGCUUACAUCCAAGCUGAAGCGGGAGGUCAUCCUUGGUUCAUCCAGCCUUGAUGAUCCACCCCAGUUCAUCACAAAACUGAAGAUGAUGUCAGCUGAAGAGUUGACAUUGGACGAUCUUCAGAUAUAAAAAAAAAUAACGGACAUGGACUCUGGCUCCAUCAGGAAUUUCUCCUUGUACUUAUUUUAGUAUUUUCUUUGUGAUCGUUAGGUCUAGUUAUGAGCUAAUUGCAUUAACCACAGGCUAUCGAUGCAUUAACCACAGGCAGUCCUGUAUCAUAUUCAUUUUAGUAGGGAGUGUAUUCUCUACACCGGCUACUCAUAAUUGAAUGAAUGUACAUAACAGUGGCCGGCAACUGUAACUAUGUGAUUUUAUUUUUGGUUGGGCUGGUGGUUGGUUUGUUAUCUCCACUUAAUGAGAAAUGUUGUAUGUUUGUGACCCAAGUAACAUGCACACGCCUGUGAGUUUUCCUGGUA